CUGCACUACGGGACCCUGCUGGGCAGCAGAGCUUGUGUCCACAUGGCAGCAGCUGCCUGGGCCAGUGGGUUUCUCUAUGCUGCGCUGCACACGGCCAAUACACUGUCACUGCCGCUCUGCCACGGCAAUGCCCUGGGACAGGUCUUCUGUGAAAUCCCACAGAUCCUCAAGCUCUCCUGCUCACACACCUACCUCAGGGAAGUGGGGCUUAUUGUGGCUGGUGCCUCUUUAUGCUUUGGGUGUUUUGUUUCCAUCGUGCUGUCCUACGUGCAGAUCUUCAGGGCUGUGCUGAGGAUCCCCUCUGAGCAGGGACGGCACAAAGCCUUUUCCACGUGCCUCCCUCACCUGGCCGUGGUCUCCGUCUUUCUCAGCACUGCCACGUUUGCCUACCUGAAGCCCCCCUCUAUCUCCUCCCCAUCCCUGGACCUGGUGGUGGCAGUUCUGUACGCGGUGGUGCCUCCAGCAGUCGGCACACUAACCGGCCUCUCGCUGACACUCUCCUGCAAGGGCUCACCCAACCUGCUGCACACCCCGUAG